AUGGCCGACAUCAUCGUCACUCAGACCAUCAUUACCCUCAUUGGGCUUGGCCUUUAUUAUAUGUUCUUCAGGAGGCCGACCGGUUCUCCUUUGCCACCUGGACCACGCGGUCUACCCAUUUUCGGAAACGUCAGAGAUCUUCCCCCAUCCGGGAAAGCAGAAUAUCAAUAUUGGGUCAAGUUCAAGGAUACCUACGGCCCAGUCAGCUCGGUCACAGUCGCAGGUCAAACAAUUGUCCUGAUCCAUGACGAAGAAGCAGCUUUGCACCUUCUGGAGAGGAAUUCUAUAAAAACGUCAAACAGGCCUACCCAGCCUUUUGCUAAUGACCACUGUGGCUUUGGUGUUUUUCUACCAGCCCUGCAGUAUGGCCCUCGCUUUCGUCAGCACCGGAAGCUGGUCCACCAAGUCCUCGGUACAACAAAAAGCGUCUCUGAGUUUCGAAACGUACAAUACGUAGAGUCGAGACGCUUUCUUUUCCGAAUUUUAAACACACCCAAUGACUUAAUGACACGUGCAAAGACAUACGCAGCUGCGAUUAUUCUCAACAUUGUCUACGGCUAUUCUAUCGAGGUGGACACCGUCGAUCCGUUGACGAAUCUGGUCCAGCUCAUGAUGGACAAAUUCUCCCGUGCAUUUGUUCCAAUGGCCUGGCCCGUUGACGUACUACCAGCACUCAACUACCUUCCUGAAGGAUUUCCCUUCACCUCUUUCAAGCAUGUGGGGCGCCAGUGGAAGAGAAUCACCACGAUUGCAGUAGACGCUCCAUACCUAUUUGUCCGGAAGCAAAUGGCACACGGCACGAACCGUCAGUCAUUUGUAUCCUCCCUUGUGGAUGACCUUGGUAACUCUAGUGAGAACGAAAUCAACUUGAGCAAGGAGGAUGAGGACGCCAUUAAAGUCUCUGCUGCGGCACUGUACGGUGGCGGGGCCGACACAACCGUCUCAACCAUCAGCAGCUUUGUUCUAGCUAUGCUGAUGUUUCCAGACGUGCAAAAGAAAGCACAGAUGGAGAUUGACAGUGUCUUUGGACCAGACAGGUUGCCCAGCUUCGAUGAUCAGCCACGUCUUCCUUACAUCAACGCAUUGGUAAAGGAGUCACUUCGUUGGUUUCCCGUGGUACCCAUCGGCACACCGCAUGUCACGGAUACAGAGAUCUUCUAUGACAGAUAUCGGAUUCCAAAGAAUUCCUAUCUGCUUCCUUCAAUCUGGUGGUUCUUGCACGAUCCUUGUGUCUACAAGGACCCGUCAUCGUUUGAUCCGGAUCGUUUUCUUGAGCCUCGAAAUGAACCGGACCCUGGAGCUCAUGCUUUUGGCUACGGUCGAAGAAUAUGCCCAGGCCGAUACCUCGCUAUUGAGAGCCUUUAUAUUACUCUUUCGCGGAUGUUGGCUUUUUUCAAUGUCCAAAAAGCAGUCGACGACCAGGGCAGAGAUAUUGAGCCCCAGUUCCACGCGACGCCUGGUCUCGUAUCCCAUCUUGGAAACUUCUCCUUCACCGUCAGCCUGAGGAGCGAAAAGUAUGCAAGGCUCAUUUGGGCUGUUGAAACGGAACACCCAUGGGCUGCAAGUGAUUCUAAACUUCUCGACGGUGACCUUAUUGAGGAAUCAAUUAGUCUGUCCAGGGAACAUAUCUGA